AAAGGAAAAUUGGAAAUUCUUGGAGAUACAAAUUCAAUAAUAAAUGAUUUUGAUCAAAAUUCAAGAGGUUGCAGUCCUGCAGAAUAUAUAAUGAUGAAAGCAUCUAGAGGUGAUUCUGAAAUUUUGCGGAAUGAACCCACAAGACGAGAUAAAUUCAUUUAUGCGUUGAAGGAUUGUCGCGCAUAUAUCAUUGAUAACGUUGGAAUAUUCGUGUCACUUGGUGUUACAUUAGCGUUACAAGUUGUUGAAAACAACAAUGGCUAUAAACCUUUAAGAUGGCUAUGGGAU